AAAAACGAAAACGACUGGUGUUUAUUAGGUGUCGGUUAAGCGUGGUGCCAAUUCGGACUUGUACUUUUGCUAGAGAAAGACCGUGACUCUGGAGGACUCUCUUUAGGGCCUUCAGGGCUAGUAGUUGUGUUUUUCCCCGUUGGUUUUCCGUUUUCCUUUGAUUUAGUGUUUAGCGAUUCGGUGGAGUGCGCAAAAGAGUGUAUCGCCCGGGCACCGCAAAAAACAGCGGAGCGAGCGUUCGAAGCGGAUGACCAGGAAGUCAGGAAGUGUGCGGUCCGGUGUUCGGAGAGUUGCCAAUCCUACCGCUCUCCGCAGCGAAAAGUGGACACUGAAAAGUGGGCUUUGCAUAGGCAUGGUGCAGUAGCAGGAGGUGACCAGUUUAUUCCUCCCCCCAACAACCCAAACAAAAACCAAACCUUGAUUUGAAAAUCGAGGCGCGGCAUCCGUUUCAUUUGGUGUGUAAUCCCGCAGGAACCAAGAUUACCGAGCGGAACAAGGGACACUGGCGACGCUAUAGCAGUCGGCACGUCGGCACCGGAUGGAACCAGCGUCUUCUCGUCGUUCGACCGACCGCUGCGAACUGCUGAGAAGCCGAACCAUCCGAGCUGGAGCAGUGGCUCGAGAAGGAGGAAACCAUCAUUGACAACGCUUGGCGUGUUCGCUCGCUUGGACGCUAGUGCAAGGCGGCACCAGCUGGACCAAAGGGUACGAUGGGUGAGGAAAGCGUAGAGCGGAGCGAAGGCACCCAGCGCCUCCAAACGCACGUGGCCGACUAUAGCCCGGUGCGGCAGCAUCAUCAAGGAUCCCCAGCGCCACCACCCGAUGACGAGGAUGUAGAAGGCGAUGUUGACGCACAGCAGGAUGAGGUCGUCCGGGUGAUCCCGAAAGGGCGCGAUCCACUGCCAACCGAUCAGCAGACAAAGAAUGGCCUGCCAGCUGCGCCAAACAAAGUGCAAUCAGCUUCAGCAUCGGUGGUUCUGGAGCGCGAAAAAAUCACCGAAGACCGGCACAAACCGAAGACGACUGAGGAAAUGGAAGAGGACGACAGGGGACACCCGAAUGAGGCCAACGGUACGGCCGCACUACUACCACGCAACGGCAGUGCCAUCAUCUGUCGAAGCAGCUCCAACGCCAUGAUGCAGCAGCAGCAGCAGCAGCAGCAACAAAACCAAACGAAUGCCGGCACUGGUAAAACCAAAGAUCAACAACCUUACCGUGCACCGGAAGAAGGGGACCGUGAUCCCGAGAAUCCGGACGAUGAUGACGACGGAGAGUACGAAUUGGUGCCACCGGACGGUGGCUGGGGUUGGCUGGUACUGGCCGGAUCGAUGCUCGUCAACAUCCUCGUGCCCGGUACGAUCAAGAGCUUCGGCGUGUUGUUUGUGGAGUUUCUGGAAGCGUUCCAAGCGUCACCAUCCUCGGCGGCCUGGAUACCGGCACUGUGCUACUUCCUGUACAGCUCGCUAGGGCCACUAUCCAGCAUACUGUCGGUGAAGUACAGCUACCGCACGGUGACGAUUGUCGGUGGAACGUUUGCGGCUGUCGGCAUGAUAAUUACGUACUGGGCGACUUCCGUGAACUAUCUGUACAUCAGCUACGGCGUGCUGGUAGGGACGGGCGCAGGACUCGCCUUUCCUCCGACGGUGUACAUCGUAACGUCGUACUUUGUAAGACUGCGUGGCCUUGCGAAUGGUUUGUGCAUCUCGGGCAGUGCCCUUGGAUCGAUCAUCUUACCACCGGUGCUACGCUAUUUAUUGGUUACCUUUGGAUACCGUGGGGCCUGUCUGAUCAUGGGCGGUAUCACGCUGAACGUUUGGGUGGCCGCCAUCUUCUACGAGCCGGUUGAGAAGCAUUUGAAGCGUGUCCGAAAGGCACCACCUUCGGAUGAUGAGGAUGAAAUGGAGGGCAACAUGCGGCAGGCCGCAGACGGUGUUCUCGGUGAGCGUAGCAAUGUGAUCCUGGAGGAGUGUGAAUCGAAUGAAACCGAUCCGACCGCCGAAUCGUUGGUUAACGGGGAGGCAGGUGUUGGCGGCGAGGCACUACAGCAGCAGAAUCCGGCCCAACCGCAGGCGCUGACCAUUAAACCCAAAUUUGCCAUCAUGGGUGAUGAUACGCCGACUAUCUCAACACCGACGCUCGAGCACAAAUCGCCCGACAUCUUCCGGUUUAAUCCGAAGAACGGACUAAUCGACAGUUUUGCCCGCAGCGUGUCUGCGGCGGCCGUUCCGUAUGGGCGUGAUGAACAGCAAGGUGGUGGUGGUGGUGGUGGUGGAGGUAGCCAGAGGCAGCGCAAGAUUAGCACACCGAUCAAAGAGGAACACCGCAACCUGACCUUCACCAGCCAACUAAGUUCGAACUCGUUCCUAAAUAAUGAAACGGCCGGAUCGUUCUUCCGGCUAAAUCGUCUCAACUCGAUCCGUAGUGGUAUCGGUGCGGUGGGCAAUGCAACGGGUGCGGCUGGUGGUGCCGGUGGUCAUCCGCGACAACCGAAACGGUCUCCCUCGACUAGCAGCUUUCAGUAUAUGAGUACACCGUUCCAUGGAAGCACACUGUCGACGCAUCAGCCGAGGGAGUUCGCCUCGCACCUGUCGCUACGAUCGUUCGGUGGCAGCGUGUCCCGUUCGGCGACCAAACCUGCAAAGGAUGCAUCGGGAAAGGAUAGUGAGAAGACCGGUAAAGGAAAGAAUGGCAAGGACAGUAAGGCACAGUCGUUCUUCGAUCUAUCGUUGCUCUCCGAUCCGACCUAUCUCGUUAUCCUGAUCUCGAAUUCGACCAAUGCGAUCGGUUACACGAACUUUAUCAUCCUGCUGCCAGCGUACGCGAUCACGCUCGGGUUCGACAAAAGUCGGGCCGCCUAUCUGUUGUCGAUCGUGUCGACGCUCGACCUGGUCGGUCGUAUCGGUGGUUCCGCUCUGUCCGAUACCAAUCUCAUCCCGAAAACGUGGUACUUUGUCGGUGGGCUGUCCAUAUCGGGCCUAGCGCUUGCCCUGCUACCCACAGUCGAUACCUACACGAUGGUGAGCGUGUUCUGUGGACUGUUCGGUUUGGCAUCCGGUACGUACGUUGGCAUUACGGCCGUCAUCAUGGCCGAUAUGCUCGGUACGGAGCGGCUCACCUCGUCCUAUGGUAUCAGCCUGUUUGUGAACGGCAUUCUGCAGCUCAUCGGUCCACCAAUCUGUGGUUUGAUCUUCGAGCAGAUGGGCCGCUACCAGCCGUUGUUUACCACGCUCGGUUUCAUUUUGCUCAGUGGUUCGGCCCUGUGGGGUUUCAUGCCACUUAUUAACCGCCAAAAGCGACGAAAGCUGCAGCUCGAACGCCAACGGGAAGCGGAACUGAAACAGCAACAGCAGCAGCAGCAAUCGAUGUUGACCGAUGAUCGGGGCGAGCGCGAAGAUGGUGUUCUGUUGCAGGACAAAUCCUUGGUGGCUUAAGAAGCGCAAUUUGAGAGCGGGGAAUUGUUUGUUUUACUUUACUUAGCAUUUUAGCAUUCAAUGACAAUUCCGCAUCCGGCGGGACGUUCCGGCGAAACCUGCGGAUGCAUGGGUUGAGACGAGUAUUAACGGCGAAUCGUACAGGAGCGAGAGUGACCACGGGAGGGAUCGCAAAUGACCAUACAAUUUUAGAAAUGUUGAAGCUGUAAACUUUAGAAUCUAAGCGAGAAUGACGAUAACAGGACAACCAGUAAUGAAGGAAAUGGAGGAGAGGCAUAAAAGUUAGUAGAGGAAUGGAAAAGUAAAUAGUAUUACUGCGAUCAUCGGUGAUGGUGGUGGAUCGGAUAGGAUGGAUAGGACCAGAUGUAGCCAAAACGGAGUGGAGUGAAACAACUCUAGCUAGUUUGAAGAAAAUGUAAUUUCAGGAACUGCGCGAUACUGAACCAACAGAGAUGUUGAAUUGUACUAAAAAAAAAAAGGGGGAACGUAUGUUAUGGGGCGCGCAACAGGAUUCUUAGUUCGCACAACCAGACAGAACACAUUCGUUGCUCUAUCGCUCUCCUUCUCCAUUCUCUGGUUCGCCACUUUAUACGUGUACUUUUGUUCGAUUUCGUCAGACGGAACUAAAACAGGAUGUAGAUAAGCUCUAACUAGCAAAAUGAUAAUAGAUAAGUAUUCAAAGACGA